AUGGCAUAUCAUCACAAGUCUAGUUAUCAAAAAGCUAAAGACCGUGAAGAUAAAAAGAAACGUGAGGAAGCGGUCAUUUCAAAAACUGUUAAAAUAACUGAGCUUUUUCCUACGAUUAGUGACAAUGUCAAUAGAGAAGACCCACCAUCGAAUUCACCUUUACCAUGUGUUGGUCAGUGUGGUUUGCCUGGUCAAUUUGGUCAUGAAUUUGAACGUGAUAACAGUGUUGCAGCUGUAUGCACUCAAUCUAUCUCUCACUCUGAAUCUGAUGAUAUGGUAGACGCGGAGGCACUUUCUCAGAAACCAGAAGCACAAGCUGGUUCUAAAGGUGAUGACAAUUCCUUUUCCACUGACAUUGGGCAAUGGUCUGAAGUGGAAAUCAAUGAUACAUUCUGUAACUUUUGGGUAACUCGUGGCAGUGAAUGUUGUCAACAUUCAAAUGCUGACUUUACUAGUUCAAUGCAAAUUUAUGGAAAACAGAAGCGCUACUGCUCACAGAAUCUCUUUUAUCGUGUUCAUUCUCGCAAUGGUGAGAAAGUCCCAAGGUCAUGGUUGUGUUAUUCACCAGCAACAUCUCGCAUUUACUGCUUUGUAUGUAAAUUAUUUUCUCCUGAUGAUAAUUCAUUCUCAAGGAAUGGUUUUUGUGAUUGGAAAAAUGCAGCUUCACGAAUACAGUCACAUGAAAACAGCAUUGCACAUAGAAAUGCAACAAUCACAAUCAGCCAAAGAGUACAAGUCAGAGGAUGUGUAGAUUCAGCAAUAGUUGAGCAAUACAGACAGGAAUGUGCAUAUGCAAAAUCUGUGCUAGAAAGAGUUGUCUCAGUUAUCAAAUUACUUGCUGAAAGAGGGCUGGCAUUUAGCGGACAUACUGAAAUAUUGGGGUCAAGUUCUAAUGGCAGUUUUUUGGGAAUUUGGAGUUGA